AUGGCUGCCGUCGCAUCAUCAAGUUUCAUUAAAGCAGCUCUUAUAACCACUCCCUUGUGUCGUGUCUCUGAACACAUCAAAGAAGAACCGACCCAGAAUAUGGAUCUAGCAGCUCAAAUUAUUGCUCUCAUUGCCUUGACCUCAGAGCCCUCUGAGUCCCCAGCUGUCUUAACCUCUCAACCCUCUGCAUCCCCAGCUGCCUUGACCGCUGAGCCCUCUGAGUCUCCAGCUGCCUUGACCUCAGAGCCCUCUGAGUACCCGGGUGCAUUGACCUCUGAGCCCUCUGCGUCCCCAGCUGUCUUGACCUCUGCAUCCACAGCUGCCUUGACCACUGAGCCCUAUGUGUACCCAGCUACCUCGACCUCUGCGUCCCCAGCUGCUUCAACCUCUGCAUCAACAGCUGCCUUGACCACUGAGCCCUCUGCACCCCCAGCUGCCUUGACCUCUGCGUCCCCAACUGCCUUGACCUCUGCGUCCCCUGCUGCCUUGACCUCUGAGUCCCUGGUCGCCUUGACCUCACUGUCUGAGUCCCUGGCCACCUUGACCUCUGAGACCUCUGAGUUCCUGCCCUCUGAGUCUUCACCCUCUGAGUCUCUGCCUCAAGUUGCUCCGCCCUUUGAGUCUCUGCCUUCAGCUGCUCCAUCCUGGUCGCCUGGAAUGCCCUGGCCUCCGGAUCCUCCGACAGCUCCGCCCUGGUCUCUUGGUCCGGCGGCUCUGCCCUGA